CUUCAUUCACUGAUCUCUUCCUUCUCAAAGCAAACAACUUCUCUCUCAAAAGUGAAAUUAAUGGCCAAGGUUCAUCCUCUCCCACCUGUUGUGCCCAAGGUUUCUUCGAAGAGAGAAUCAUUUACCAUAUGGAUGAAAUCUCUUGUGAUGCAAGCGAAUGGAUGCACCGUUUACAAUGAAAACGGCGAGAUCGUUUACCGUGUAGAUAACUAUGAAAAGAAAGGCAGCAAUGAAGUUUAUGUCAUGGAUCUCCGAGGCAAGGUUCUGUACACAAUUCUCCGAAGGGUAUGGUUUUUGGGAAGGUGGGAGGGUUAUAAAGGAGAUAGUUCAAGCUUGAAUAAAGAGAAACCGAAGUUUAAAGUAACCAAAAAGGGUCAUGUGAAUGCUGAAGCUGGUUGCUAUACAUUGGAAGCCUUGGCUGGUAAAUCCGCAUUCAAGAUAAUAGACUGCAGGGGAGGUGUUUUUGCUGAGGCAAGACGAAAGAAGUCAUCUUCACGGGUAGUUCUUGGAGAAGAUGUGUUAAGUUUGGUGGUGUAGCCUCAUGUAGAUCAUUCUCUUAUGAUGGCUCUUGUGACCGUGUAUGGAUUGAUGCAUUACAGAUUGUAAAUGCCCUUCAAAAUUGUCCCAUGGUUUCUUAACUUAGUUGCAACAUCAAACCAACAUGGUACAGAGAUUUUUUUAUUUUUUCUUCCAACCUUGAAAGAAACUAACUAAUCUGUGAAUGGGAAUUUCAACCAUUUGUACCUGAGAAACUGACUCUUA